AAAGUUGCAUCGAAGCAGCAUCGAAAUGUCGCAUUGACAUUAUCAACAAUUUUUGACCUCUAUAGUGGCUUAAUGUUGCUACGAUCGGUGCGAUGUCAAUUUUACAGUUACAGUCGUUAUUUUUAUUUUCAUUAUGAAAGCUGCUUGGUCAGUUUUCCAUUUGUAAUGGCAACCGGCGAUUAAAGACGAUGUAGGCGAUAAUUUUGGGUAUAUAGGUGCGGGUCGAUCGCUAGCUUUUUCGUCGGAGCCAUUUACGUCAUUGACACUCACCCUCCUUCAUUCUCAAUCGUAAUUCAUAGAACCUACGGCAACGCUUAAGAUAACUCACCAUAGUACAAUAUGUCGACCCCCACGAUAGCAAUAACAGGCGCCUCCGGCAAACUAGGCGGCGCCACGCUCUCCGCCCUGCUCUCACUCAACCUCCUCCCACCAUCAUCCAUCGUCGCACUCACAUCCUCACAACCCGACUCAUCCACCUGGGCCGGCCUCGCCUCCCAACACCCAGAACUCCAAGUACGCCACGCGACCUUCGAAGACCCAACCGGAUUCGAAAAAGCGUUACAAGGUGUGGACAGACUUUUCUUAGUCUCAACACCACACAUCGCACUCGAUUUCGACGAAUACCUCACUUCGGAAACCGGAGAAAAGAAAUGGAAAGAAAUCCCCGAUGGUCAAGGCCGUGAAAAACAUCAUCGCGUAGCGAUUGACGCCGCGGUGCGAGUGGGUGUAAAGCACGUGUACUAUUCCAGCUUAGCAUAUGCCUGGGACCCGCAAACCAAGAGUCCUUCAAAAACGAGUAAAGCCGGUGUUAUGCGUGCGCAUUUACGCACCGAAGCGUACCUAAGCCAAUUAAAGCAAGAGGGGAAAUUAGAGUAUACGACGUUCAUUCGCGAGGGUUUGUAUAACGAGUCCUGGCCACUGUAUCUUGGAUACUUUAACCCUGAAAACGAUGAUAGGACUGUGGUCCCGCUUGCUGGUGAUGGGAAAGUGGCUUGGACUUCGAUUAAGGAUUUGGGUAUUGGGAGUGCGCUUGUGCUUGUUGCGCCUAGUAGGGAGUAUGAUGGGAAGACGUUUUACCUUUCGGCGAAUCCGAAGGGUGCGAAGAGUUUGAAGGAUAUCGCGGCGCUGGUGAGGGAGACUAGGGGAAAGGGGGUUGAGACGAAGAUUGUAGGGCGUGAUGAGCAUGAGAGGUAUUAUGUCGAGGAGAGGGAGAGGGAUAGGCGGGCUGUGCAUUGGUGGGUUAGUACGUAUGAUGCGCUGGAAGCAGGAGAGUGCCUAGUCGAUGAUCCGGUGCUGGAAAAGUUGCUGGAGAGUGUGGGAGUUAAACCUACGCCGAUGGAGGAUACAGUUGUGAAGAUGGUGAAGGGGGAAUAAGUUGGAUAGGGUGGUUAAAGUGUCGCAAGAGGGUUUCUAUUCAAUAAGAUGAUUGCCGGUCUAACAACCCACACCCUCUAUAUUAUAAACAUUAAAGGUACUUGUAUACCAAUAUUAUUAUACUCUUCUCUUAGGAAAUCGCUACAACAUCUUUCCCUUUUCCAUAUAAAACUCGUUUCAUUACAUCCCCC